AUGGAAUCAGCACCUCGAUAUUCAGCUACUCCAAGAGUGCGAGAUAGAAUUGAACCAGUACGUCCUGAGCAGUCAAGCCAGGAAUCUCUGGCGACCCCAACGACUCCCGAAAAUGCGCAAAUUAAAGAAUCCGAAGCAGCUCAUGUUCUAAAUCAGCCUCAGUCCGAUGGCUUUACCCAGUCCGAUGAAGCACAGCAAGAGAUUGUACAACCUUCGCAAGAGGAAAUACGAACGUGUUGGAUAUGCCAAAUGGAUGAUGCAGACGAUGGACCUCAGACUUCACCUUGGCGAUCCCCAUGUCCUUGUUCUCUACGGGCCCACGAUUCAUGUUUGAUGGAGUGGAUUGCAGUAUCCGCAGACAAGGAAAUGGCACCUAAAAUCGUCUGCCCAGUUUGCAAAUAUCAACUUAAAAUCAAUCAACCCAAAGACUAUCUAGUCAUAACAGUCGACAAAUUGCAACGUUUGGCGAAGAAUUUGGUACUUCCCACAGCGGCCGGUGCAGUCUUUAGUUGCGUCUAUGCCGGAUCUCUCCUCUUUGGCGUCAGCAGCCUAGAAUUGGUGUUUGGGGUGGAUGAAGCUCGAGGGAUGAUAUUAGAGAAUUAUGAUGAUUUCUUAGACCGUCAUGUUCUUGGUAAUUACAUACAAUUACCCAUCACUCUGAUCUUGACAAAAUAUUUAUUUCCAUUCCUGGGAGGUGGGUUCAUGGCGGUGCCAAGUUGGAGAACAGCGAUAGGGCUACCCUUAAUCGCACCAGCUCUCAUAUUAUCUCGAACAAACAUCGCGGAUUCCAUCUUCACAAUAGUACCUGUCACUUAUUUUCUCUUUAGCCCUGACAACAAAAACAUCACUUCCUGGCCGCCAUCCCCGGGUCGCACAUUUGCACUACUUCCCUACGUCAGGUUGGCAUAUAAUACCUUAUACCAACGCACGUUCUUUAAUUUAGAAAAGAAAUGGGAUUUGGCUGUUCAGCGCAAACCACGAGAAGGCGAAACUGCAGAACAAAUCGCUCUAGAAGAGCGCAGAAGAGAACAAGGGGAAGGUUUCUUUAACUUUGAAGUCGAAAUCGUCGAUGAAGUGAGGGAUGAAAACGGGAAUCAAAUUCUACCAGCUAUCCCACGGGCACCAGUGGGUGAUCGAAACCAAAAUCGAAACCGAAACCAAAAUCGGAAUAAUCAAGAAGGCGACAAUGAAAAUGAUUGGGGAGUCCGCCGAAAUGUCAGUACACACAGUUUAUCAUUCCAGAUUAUGGGCGCAGUGUUCUUUCCUGCCAUAUCGAGCAUAAUGGGCUAUGUACUCAAAUAUUCAUUACCAUCUAUAUGGAUGAGAGCGAGAGGUGGAAAGCCAGGAUUAUUACAACACAAAUGGGCCAGAAGUGUAGUGGGGGGAUGUCUAUUUGUGGUGUUGAAGGACGUGGUGGUGCUGUAUUGUAAGUGGAAAAAAGCGAGGGAUUUUGGGAAGAAGAAAGUCAUAGAUUUCGUGGGUACGGGGAAGAAGAAGGCGUCGUGA